GAAGAUAUAGUUGCGUGAAUUUGGCAAAUAUAUAUAAAUUUGUUGUAAAUAAACAAUGGAAAAAACAAAAAGUGCGUCGGAUAAGUUAGCCGAACGCAAGGCACGCUUACUCGAACUGCACAAACAGCGCCAAGAGGCGCGCACACAAAACCACCAAGAAGUCGUCGCAGAAGACGCACGCAAAAAACUGCCAAGCAACUGGGAAGCACGCAAACGACAAGCAGAAUGGCUGCUCGCUGAUGAGAAAGCACGCGCCGAUGCAAAGGCUGCUGGCAAGGAUUACGAGCGUCUGCAGCUGCUGCAAGUAUCCGCCAUCGAUGCGGAGCGCAUAGAGAAAAAGAAAAUACGUAAAGAUAAUCCCGACCUGGGUUUCUCCACAUAUGAGGCGCAAACAGCGCGGCAAUACAAUCGUUUGGUUAAGAAUAUGCCCCCUCGCGAUAUGGCCAAAUAUGAGAAACAGAAGGCUGAGCUGGGCGACGCAUUUUAUGGUGGCCCUCACACGACGAUCCAUUUGCAAACCAAGGACACUCCUAGUGCUAUCAAUAAUAUGGUUAAAGACCUGGAGCAACAGAUCGAUCGCAGAAAGAAAUAUUCCAGACGCCGCAUUUAUAACGAUGACGCCGAUGUGGACUUCAUUAACGAACGCAAUUCAAAAUUCAACAAGAAGUUGGAUCGCUUCUACGGCGAGCAUACGGCAGAAAUCAAACAAAAUCUGGAACGCGGCACGGCUAUCUAAACCUCAUUUUUAUAUAGCAAAUAAGACAAUUUAAGUGUAAAACAUAGUCUCUAAGUUUGUUUGUACCUAAUACAAUAUAUAUA